UCUGCUGCUUUUCAGUUUCACCCUCGCCGAUCUGUUCACUAUGGCCACAGACCACCAGAACCCUGCGUCCAAGCAGCAGCAGCAGCAGCAGCCGGGCACCAGUGCGUUUAAGCUGGUUAUUUAUGAGCAGGAGAACUUCCAGGGACGCUCCCAUGAGCUGACCGGCCCCUGUACCAACCUCCCGGAAGCAGGCUGCGAGAAAGUGGGCUCCAUCCUGGUGCUGUGUGGACCAUGGGUGGGAUACGAGCAGGCCAACUGUAAGGGGGAGCAGUAUGUGUUUGAGAAGGGGGAGUAUCCUCGCUGGGACUCCUGGACAAACAGCAGGCGCAGUGAAACCGUUCUUGCAUUCCGCCCAAUUAAAGUGGACAGCCAGGAGCACAAGAUUGUCCUUUAUGAAAACCCCAGCUUUGCAGGGAAGAAGAUAGAAAUCGUAGACGAUGACGUCCCCAGUUUUCAUGCACAUGGCUACCAGGAGAAGGUCUCCUCUGUGAGGGUUCAGAGUGGCAUCUGGGUGGGCUAUCAGUAUCCAGGCUACAGAGGAUACCAGUACCUGUUUGAAAAGGGGGAGUACAAGGACACCGCCGAGUUCGGAGCCCAGAUUCCUCAGAUCCAGUCAGUUCGGCGCAUCCGAGACGUGCAGUGGCAUCAGAGGGGAGCUUUUCACCCCGUCAACUGAUGAGCUUGUGACCUUUUCUCUGCACCAACAGCUUCGGCCCUACAAUCCCAACAUCACAUAGCAUUUGGAUUUUUAUUUCUUGCAGCUGUUGCAAA